CUCUGGUGCUUACGACUCGGAUGGAUGGUUACCAAGAUUAUGAGAACCCCCCAAGAUAGGGAGAAUUGUGUAUCCCAUAAUUUGGUGUGCCCUUCAGCACAUACACAUGGCCUACACACCCAAGUUCAGAAUUCACAGCCUGCUUUUGCUUAAUAAGUUCCAUUCUUCUUUUGGUCAUUUUCUUCCCCCAAAUUUACUUGGAUUUGUACUAAUGUAUAUCCUACGUCAUUGGGUAUCUACCCCCUCUAAACCCCUCUCCCAAGAGUAAAAAACAGCAGAUCAAUAUCAAGCCAGGCGAGACCAGAGCGGAAUUGUUACGCACUACCAACUAAAGGUGAU